CUCGCCCACGUCUAUUGCUGCACUCGAUCGAUAUUGUGGCUCCAGCACACCAAGCGAGACCGACAGAUAGCGGCGUUCCGACUCGAUGCGAUCACGACGACGACGAGAGAAUUGAACGACAGCCUUCUUCAUGGCGGGUUAGAGAAUGUCGAGAUCCACCAGUCCCAGCACCAUCAUCCCGCUACACCACCACAAUGGAUCCACGACUCCGUCCAAGCAACACUCUCCAUCCCUGGCACCGCCGUCUACAGGAGCCAGCCAUUUGCGGAAUAGCAGUCGUAUCAGAUUGCCCGGCCAGCAGUCGGUGACAUCGCAGCAUGCCGUGCUGACCCUCAAUCAAGUCGCCGAGCGGCAUUCCACUUCGCUGUCGAAUGGCUUGCACCCGGGAGAGGCUAGUACACGAUUGCACGUUCAAGGACCGAAUGAGCUGCCAGGGGAGGAGCCAGAGCCGUUGUGGCUGCGCUUCGUCAAGCAGUUCAAGGAGACGCUCAUUUUGCUGUUAUUGGCAAGUGCUGCCAUCUCGGCCGUGAUGGGCAACUACGACGAUGCGCUGUCGAUCGCCAUUGCUGUGACGAUUGUCGUGAGUGUAGCAUUUGUGCAGGAGUAUCGAAGUGAGAAGAGCUUGGAGGCUUUGAACCAGCUGGUUCCACAUUACGCGCAUGUGAUCCGGGGCACGACCGCGCCGGCUUUGGACGACGGAGAUUUUGACAGCGAAGAGAAGGCCACAAAAGCGAGCACCACCAUCUCGGCCUCGCAGCUGGUGACUGGUGAUCUGGUUUUGUUCCACACUGGGGACAGGAUACCUGCAGACAUUCGCAUUACACACGCUGCGGACCUUAGCAUUGAUGAAAGUAAUCUGACGGGUGAGAAUGAGCCGGUGUCGAAGAACCCCGAAACUCUGGGGCCAGUCGCAUAUGCAAAUGGCAGUACAGAUCCGAGCACUCUGCUUCGAAGCGGGGAGAUCAGGUUGACGGAUCAACACAAUAUCGCUUUCCAAGGAACUCUGGUGAGAUCAGGAUACGGGCAAGGUGUUGUCAUUAGUACCGGAGGCGACACAGAAUUUGGUGCAAUCAGCGCAUCGUUGGCAGAAAUUGAGUCUCCUCGAACACCUUUACAGGAGAGCAUGGAUCGCUUAGGCAAGGAGCUGAGCUACAUGUCCUUCGGAGUUAUCUCUCUCAUCAUGCUCGUGGGACUAUGGCGAGGCAGAAAGUUCCUGGAGCUCUUUCAAAUUGGUGUCUCCCUUGCUGUCGCGGCCAUUCCCGAAGGUCUUCCGAUCAUUGUCACAGUGACACUCGCGCUGGGUGUGCUGCGUAUGAGCAGGAGAAAUGCCAUUGUACGGAGACUACCCUCGGUCGAGACUCUGGGCUCAGUGAAUGUUGUGUGCUCCGACAAGACAGGCACUUUGACGCAGAAUCACAUGACAGCAACACGAAUGUGGAGUUUCGGUGACAACAAGCCACAGGAGGUCGACAAGGUCAGAGCGGAGGCGCCAAAUGCUGCCACCACUCAAGCAGUUCUACGAAGUGCCAAUAUUGUCAACAACGGACGACUAAACACGCACACCCAUGGCCAAAUCACGGCGGCAAGCGCUGCUGUCCUUGCUAGCACCGGCGGUCAGGACGAUCUUGCGAAUGCUAAAAGUAGGUGGGCAGGGCAACCGACGGACGUUGCACUGCUCGACCUGCUCGAUCACUUCCACGAGGAUGAUGUGCGUGGUCGUCUGGGAGAUCGGAAACACGAAGUGCCAUUCUCUAGUGAGCGAAAGUGGAUGGGUGUGAUAUUGGAAGGCUCCGAUGGUAACAAUACAGCCUAUGUGAAAGGCGCGCUUGAACGUGUUAUCACCAGAUGUGACACGUAUAUCUCCAGCCAAGGAGAAGUGGUGCUUGAUGACAAGCGCAAGCAGGAAGUCGAUACUGCAGCGCGAGAAAUGGCCGAAGAAGGGCUGCGCGUUCUGGCGUUCGCUUCUGGUCCCGUGCGAUUGCGCAAUCUACCCAGCCGCAACGUCAGCAGAGACGUGAGUGUGAGCAGUCGGUCUUCGACUCCAGGUCUAGGAAAGCCAGCACAGAAUGGAGAGGAAAUGUACACCGGACUCUGUUUCGGUGGUUUGAUCGGCAUGUCAGAUCCUCCUCGCAAGGGAGUGGACAGAUCGAUCCGCCGACUCAUGGCUGGCGGCGUCAAAGUGAUCAUGAUCACUGGAGAUGCCGAGACGACUGCAGUCGCAAUUGCCAAAAAGCUAGGCAUGCCUGUCAACCUGAAUUCAGCUAUCGGCUCGCCAGUGUUGCGAGGUGAUCAAAUCGACCAGAUGAGUGAAGCCGACCUUGCGGAUGCGAUGAGCAGGAUUUCCAUUUUCGCACGAACGUCGCCCGAGCACAAGCUCAAGAUCAUCAGCGCUUUGCAAAGUCGAGGGGACGUCGUAGCCAUGACCGGCGACGGUGUCAACGAUGCGCCAGCACUCAAGAAAGCAGACAUUGGAAUCUCAAUGGGCAAAUUAGGCACAGAUGUGGCCAAAGAAGCAGCCGACAUGAUUCUCACCGACGACGAUUUCAGCACGAUUCUCAAUGCCAUUGAAGAAGGCAAGGGCAUUUUCUACAACAUUCAGAAUUUCAUUACGUUCCAACUGUCAACGAGUAUUGCAGCACUCGGGUUGGUCAUGCUAAGUUCUCUCGGGGGAUGGAAGAACCCUCUUAAUGCAAUGCAAAUUCUUUGGAUCAAUAUUAUUAUGGACGGCCCACCCGCGCAAUCCCUCGGCGUCGAACCAGUCGACCCAGCGCUCCUGACACAACCUCCUCGACCUCGCGAUGCCCGCGUCCUCACGCCUCGCCUCAUUCGCAGAGUCCUCCAAUCCGCAGUCGUCAUCCUCAUCGGCACUCUCUACACCUACGUCUCCAACCUCACAGCAGAAGACCUCGCCGCACAUUCCGUCAGCGCGCGCGACACGACGCUGACCUUCACCCAAUUCGUCCUCUUCGACAUGUUCAACGCCCUAUCCUGCCGGUCCGCCAACAGAUCUGUCCUUCGUGGCGAAGUCCCCUUACUGCCUGCACAUUGGAUCGGAAAAAACGCUGCGCAAGGACAAGAAGGCAAUGUCAUGUUUACUUAUGCUGUUCUGGGUUCUCUGAUUGGACAGGCGAUGGUGAUCUAUUUCCCGCCUUUGCAGUCGGUGUUCCAGACGGAAGCGUUGAGUUUGAUGGAUUUGGUGAGGUUGAUUGCGUUGGCGAGUGUAGUUUUGUGGGUUGAUGAGGGGAGGAAGUUUUAUGAGAGGAGGAAGGCUGGGGCUAUGACUGGGGUGGGGAGGUUGUCGAGGAUGGUGUGAUCUUCAAUGUACUUAUUUCGGGACGGUCGCAUUGGUUUGUAAAGCAAAGGACAGGGAAGCAAAGCGUAGGCGUUGAUGGCUAAGUGUAGGAAAGAGGCACAAUGUGAUGGGGCUAGUGAGGACGCUCUGACCGACUGGUAUGUUGGUGGGCGCCAGCUGUUUCUGUUGUAUGUAUAGUGUAUAUUGCUCUCUUUCCUUUAACUUUGCAAACUUUCCCAUAUACUUUGUACUUAGUGAUGCUUGCAAAUGCAAGAAGCAUAGAAAUGUUGGAA